AUGGAGAGCAGAUUAAUGUUUGGCAGGAUCAUUGGCUACCUCUUAACCCACCAAGACCUGCUCGAGGACCUGGAGCAUUCUAUUUACCCUGAUCUCAAAGUUAGUGACCUGUUAUCUCAUGGAUCUUGGAAUGAAACUCUCAUCCAAAGCAUCAUUCAACCUGAGGAUAUCCCGCACAUAAAGAAGAUUCGACCAUCUAUAACAGGUUUGAGUGACAUGUUUACUUGGAUUCAUACUAAAAACGGUCUUUAUUCAGUUAAAUCUGGGUAUCAUGUACAGCGACAACUUUCCUCUGCACAUUUUCGUGAAAACACUUCAGGGACACUCUUUAAAAAAAUCUGGAAACACAAUAUGCCGCAGAAAAUCAAGCAUUUUUGGUGGCGAUGUCUGCAUAAUGCGUUGCCAACUGCGGAGAAUUUAAGGAAGAGAAGGAUGCUGACAGAUGAUACAUGUCAAAGGUGUGGUGAAGCUCCUGAGAAUAUUAACCAUCUACUCUUUCAUUGUCGCAUCAGCAAGGAAAUAUGGGACCUUACCACUAAUUUCCAUGGUAUAAGCUCAUCUUUCUCUUUUAGUUCGAUUGAUAAGAACAUAGAUCUAUUGCUGAGUCUAAAUAAAAACCAAGGAAAGGAUGCAAGUUUAUUCCCUUUCAUUGGUUGGCGCAUUUGGAAAACGCGAAAUGACUUCAUAUUCAAUAACAAAAGAUGGUCCAUACCAGAUACCAUCAAUAGAGCAAUUCUCGACUUUCAGCAAUGGAAAGAGAGUUAUAAUGUAAACAAAGAGGCUCCUAAGAAACAGCAAGUCACUGCAACGAAUGCAUCAAUCAGUUCUAUUACUCAACAGGCUAAGGAGUAUAGCUGUUUUGUUGAUGGUUCAUGGAGCUCUCCUAAUGAUUGUGCAGGGAUUGGCUGGGUUUUAUACAAUCGCAAUGCACAAGUUGUUCUUAGUGGCAAGGCAUCUAUCAGUCCCAUGAAUUCACCUGUUGAAGUUGAAGCUGAAGCAUUAAGGAUGGCGAUUCUUCAUGUGAACAGGUUAGGCUAUGCCAAUGUCAUGUUCUGUGGGGAUGCGGAACUCCUUUUUCAACAAAUAAUACAUAUGUUCAAUGGUAGCCAUCAUUAUCACCAGGAAAACCAAACUCUAUUGGCGACCUACUUAAGGGAUAUUCAGAACAUUUCCAGUUCAUAUGACUCUGUAACGUUUGUUAAAAUUCCACGAUCUGUAAAUGUCGUAGCUGAUAAUCUAGCAAAAAAUGCUAGGAUAAACCAGUCAAGCUUUGUAAUAUCAUGGUACAUGUAA